CAUGUUUACAUAUUAUUUAAUAAAAUAUAUAUAUAAAGAAAUGAAAAGGGGCGGGGACACGUGCCGGGUUGUUACGUCACCGACGGUGCCGUGAGAGUCUCCGUCAGGACGCACCGGCGGAGCGGAGCUGAGCAGAGCAGCAACAUGGCUGCAGAUUACUGGGAGCCAGGAAGAUCCGAGAAGCCGUCAGACUGAACCGAGCCACGGAUAACCCGGGACAGACCGGGAUAAACCCUCCCGGUGUGGUCUCCAGGCUGGCAGCCCCGCCCCCCUUGGCGUCACGUCCCCCUCUCCCCCCCCGGCCCCCGCUAAUGGAGAGGAUGAGGAAGAUCAAACGGCAGCUGUCACUCACUCUGGGGAGGGGCGGGUCAGGGGGAGGGGAUAGGACGCUGAGUGACACCAUCACUCAGGAAGCAACGUCACACAGCGACUCAGAGGUGGUGUCUCUUCGUUCCUCUGGAGGUUUGAAGGUUCGAUCUUCAUCCUCUUCAGUUCAGUCUUUACUUCAGUCGUACAGCACCUCACUGAGGAAACCCAGAGGCCUCGGACGCAGCCUGAGCUCCUACCUGAACCACGCCACCAGACUGGAGAUCGUCCAUGAAGAUGUGAAAAUGAGCUCAGAUGGAGAAAGUGAUCCAGCUUCUUCUUCAGAUGAUGUUCAGAGUCCAGUUAAAGUCAGAAUGAGGAAUAAGAAGAUCUCUACUGAGGACAUCAACAAACGUCUGUCGUUACCGGCUGACAUCCGUCUUCCAGACGAUUACCUGGAGAAGUUUAAUGUGAUUGGUCCAGCUCUGUUCGAGCAGCCAAUCAGCAGGCGGCUGCGUAGAGUGUCUCUGUCAGAGAUUGGUUUUGGGAAGCUGGAGACUUACAUCAAGCUGGACAAACUGGGAGAGGGGACCUAUGCCACAGUGUAUAAAGGUCGGAGUAAACUGACUGAAAACCUCGUGGCUCUGAAGGAAAUUAGACUGGAACAUGAAGAAGGAGCUCCGUGUACUGCAAUCAGAGAAGUGUCUCUGUUGAAGGAUUUGAAACACGCCAACAUCGUCACGCUUCAUGACAUCAUCCACACACAGAAAUCCCUCACACUGGUGUUUGAGUACCUGGACAAAGAUCUGAAGCAGUAUCUGGACGACUGUGGAAAUGUCAUUCAUGUUCACAACGUCAAACUCUUCCUUUUCCAGCUGCUGCGAGGUUUGUCGUACUGCCACCGGAGGAAAGUUCUUCAUCGAGACCUAAAACCACAAAAUCUGCUGAUCAAUGAGCGAGGAGAGCUCAAGCUAGCAGACUUUGGUUUGGCUCGAGCAAAGUCGAUCCCAACAAAGACGUACUCCAACGAGGUGGUGACGCUGUGGUACCGACCACCUGACAUCCUGCUGGGCAGCACCGACUACUCCACUCACAUCGACAUGUGGGGUGUUGGCUGCAUUUUUUACGAGAUGGCGACAGGCCGACCUCUGUUUCCUGGUUCCACAGUCGAGGAGGAGCUUCACUUUAUCUUUAAAUUGCUGGGUACUCCCACAGAGCAGACCUGGCCUGGGAUCACUUCUAAUGAGGAGUUUGUGGCGUUUAACUAUCCUCAAUACAGAGCAGAGAGACUGAGUAACCACACUCCCAGGCUCAGCACUGAAGGAGUGGAGCUGUUGUCAGAAUUCCUACAGUUUGAGGGGAAGAAGAGGAUCUCUGCAGACGAGUCGAUGAACCACGCUUACUUCAGUAACCUUGGAAAGAGAGUGAAGCUACUUCCUGACACGACGUCCAUCUUCACCCUGCCAGAGAUUCAGCUGGAAAAGGAAACGAUGAGACCAACAGCAGCAGCAGCACCUGAUCCAGCAAACAGUCCAAACAGGAGGCGGAGUAUGCUUUUCUGACAUCGCGGAGAGGCGGAGUCUGCUGCUGGACAAACAAAGGGAAACUGACAGGACAGGAAGUGAUGAUGAUGCUUUUUUCCUAGAGGAUUUACUGCAAGUUACUUUGGUGCACUUGCUGUUAGUCAGUAGAGUAGAAGAAAACAGAAGUCACUAUUAUUUAUGAUGAGAAGAUGAAGCCCGUUGUUUACACUGACAGAAAAUUAUGAUUCGCUGCAGCUACCCGACCAAUCACAGCACAGGAUAUUGUGACUAACGGAAACGGGCCUCAGAGCUUCACCUCGGUACACGGAGAGAUGAACGGGUGAAUAGUAGUAAAAGCUUCUCCAGGAGGUUCUGUCUUCCAUUUUCACUGCACAGAUUAAACGCAUAAAUAUCAAGUUUGUGAAAGUCCUGGAAAACCUGGAAUUCAGCUCUGCUGUCAUGGAAACCCCUGGAAACAGCCGUAUACGUCAUAUCACCCGUGUGAACAUCUGCGGCAGCAAAGUCAGCGUUAAACUGAAGCCACGAUCCAGUCCCAGCGUGCUGAACUGUACACCUGUUUAAAACUUUAAUAACACCUGAUGAAACACAGAAUAAAAAUUCAGUUUGUUAAACACAUAAAAAAUGAACAUUCAGUAAUUUUGACUCCAAAGUUUUCCCUAAAUUGCAGCUUGAUUUAUUUUAAUAUUUUUUUUAACGUGUUCCCAAACAUGAGAUGAAACCGUCAGAGUAACGUCGACCCUGCAGCGAGAGGAGAGGUCAGGCGCUGUUUUCACGAAUGUUCUCUGUUUUAAAACCGCCGCUCUUCAGACUUCAGCGCUGUCCUUAUCUGUGUCGAGCUGCCGAUUGUGUUUCGGUUUACAGUAUUACAUUUUACACUUCAGUGUUACUAUUAAACAGCCUGCAGGAGAAGCCAAACACACAUCUGUGGAAAUUUAAACCUUUGCUUUUAUUUUGAAAGGGUGAACCUGAUUUCUGCUGUUCUGCAUGUGUGUGUCGUACACUCGAACUUUAUACUGUAAUACUGUUAAUAUAUAUAUUAAUACUAAGAGACGGUAACACCAUAAAUCUGCCGUAUAUAGCUUAUCACAGAGAAUUUAUUUCAACUGGAGUUUUAUUUAUUGCUUUUUUGUGUUUAUUGGAGAUCAGUAAGUAGGUUUUUUUUUUUUUUCUUUUUUUCUUUUUUUGUCAUUGAGACUGUUGGAAAGUGUGAUGCCUUUGCCUCAUUGGACCCCAUGACAUGUCAGAGGAAAAUGCAGGGCUCUGAUUGGCUAAUUCUGUUUAAACAUCAGCAAACAAGUCUGUUUCUGCACAGACUCAACCAGCAGUCAGCUCACUGUCUGUUGUGCAUUUCAUAGGAAAUUCCCGAUUUUUGAUGGCAAACGCGACAUCUCGUUCUCUUUCAUAAAGAACUUUUUGCAGCUGGUAGUUUUUAGCCUGUGUGGAAACAGACUGCAAAAGAACAUUUUAAAGAGAUUCACAUCCUUUUUAAGAGCUAAUCUUCCCCUGCACAGAGUCCAGGUGUGGCUGGAUGGGAUUCAAAUAACCUUCAGGUAGUUUUCAGAUUUCAUCCCUUCAAAAACAGAUGUAAUUUCAAAAAGCCAGUUUUUAUUUUAAUUUCAUUUUUUUGUAUUUUUAUCAGUUUUAAGAGUGUUCAUAUUUUUAAGAGAUAAGCUGUUCUUGAUGUGAAUCUUUAUUUUUUAGCUGUGAAGAAAUCUUAGCAAUAGAGAAAUAAUAAGACAAUAAUAACCAUUGAACAAGGUGUUUGACUCAGAGGAAGCUGACUUUUCAAUCUGCUGUAAAAAUGUCGCAUACAACUGUAUGUUUGUGGGAGGUAAACAAACACACCUCGUUUAUGUUUUAUUGUUUUAUUGAACGGCAGCAGAAGUCUGAAGUCUUAAAAGUUAGAAUGGAUUCUAAAGGUGUACAUUUUUUUUAAAUACCAGAAAAGGAUAUCAGACUGAAAAUAUUCAGACUUUUUCUCCGCAUGAAUCAUUCAAAUGAAACAAUAAAACAUUGUGGAGGUGAGUUGGCGUUAUAGGUAGUAAUGAGGGUGUUUACUGUGUUCCUGUGAAUAAAAUUGGACACUGGCUGCAGUCAAAUGGUCAAAAAAAACACUCACCUGUGUAAUUUUCUAAUCACUUUUCUUUAACUUAUAUGAAACAUGUUACAAAAGGAUGAUUUAUAAGGACUUCAAAGAGAGCCACAGUGCUCAGAGUCAGACUGCUCACACACUAAACUGGCAGCAGAUGCUUUGGUGUUUCUGUCUCCAGUGAUGCAAAAAUCUCGUCUUAGAACACAUGGGACAAAAUAACUGUUUCAGGAAGAGUAUAAAUACAGACUUCCUCACCAACCUUUGUCUAACGCUUUCAGUAUCUGUGACUGAAGGAAAAGUAAUAAUCCUCAAAGCUGGCAACACAGCAAUGCACAAAAAGAGAACAUAUCCAUGCAAACUGAGGUAUACUACAACCUUCCCUGUGGCUGUUUUAUUUGACCUAAUUACAUAUAAUUGUUGCAAAUUAGGGAUGGGUAUUAGCUGCUUACCUUUCCUGAGGAAAACCGACUAUUUGACUGCAACCUGUGUGUUUUUCUUUUAGGACUUAAAUGUGUUCAAAGUGAUGUGACUGCGGGGAGUCAGACUAAAAGUGAAGCUUCUGUCAGCCGUGCUAAUGCUGGGUUAAAACAAAUGACUGUUGAAUGUAACUCUAAACUGUUGAUGUGGUCAGUAGUUUAAUGUUGACUGGGUUUACAGUAAUAAUGUGUACAGAGUUACUGAUUAUUAGAGAUAAUCACAGGUUUUAAUCUGCACGCUGCAGUGUUGUUGUUCCUCAGCUGCUGCUCAAUUGCACAGGAAACUGCAUAUAGAUGUGAAAGUUCAGAGCGCAUGUUUCUUCAGAGGUCACUGAUUGAUCUGCAUUUUUGGUUUUAGGAAUAUGAAAUAAUGUAAAACAUUUCAGGAGCACACUACGUCCCAGUCGUUGAAAGAAAAGCUUUUUGUUUUAAUGUCAGAUUAAAGCAAAAUGGUCAGAAAUCCUUCAGGACAGGAUUUUACAGGUCCGUUUUCAGCAUUCAUCACUUGAGUUUUCCACAUACAAUGUGUUGCCUAAUGCAAAGUUAACAGAUCAUCAUACAAUGGUGUGUACUACUUUAUUAAAAGGUGCACGUAA